AUGUUCUGCUUGGCGUGUUGGAACAUUAACGGAAUACGGAGCCAAGGGCACAGCAACGGCAGGGCCCUGCCCUUGAGGCGUCUUUUGGAUGAGCUAGAUGCCGACAUUGUCUGUCUUCAGGAGACCAAAGUGACGAAGGAUGUGCUGACAGAGCCCCUGGCUAUUGUUGAGGGCUAUAACUCCUAUUUUAGCUUCAGCCAAAACCGGCUAUGCUGGUCAGGUGUAGCCACAUUUUGUAAGGACAGCUGUACCCCAGUGACUGUUGAAGAGGGUCUGAGUGGCCUGCUUACAACUCAGAAUGGGAAUGUGGGUUGCUAUGGAAACAUGAAUGAGUUCACCCAAGAGGAACUUCAGGCUAUGGAUAGUGAGGUUCAGGCCUUCCUUACAUAGCACAAGAUCUGUUAAUGGCCUAUAUCUCUUUGCAGCUGCACAUAGGAAGAACAGGAGAAGACCUUGACAUUAAUAAACAUGUACUGCCCCCAUGCAGACCAUGGAAAGCCUGAGAGGUUGGCCUUUAAGAUGAGUGUCUAUUGCUUGCUACGGAUCUGAGCAGAAGCCCUCCUGGCGGCUGGCAGCCAUGUGAUCAUCUUGGGUGACCUGAACACAGCUCACCGUCUGAUUGAUCAAUGGGAUGCAAUCAAUCAGAGAUUCUUUGAAGAGGACUCAGGACUCAAGUGGAUAGAUGGCUUACUCAGUGUCCUAGGGUGCCAGGAUGAGGCCCAUGUAGGGCCUUUCAUUGGUAGUUGCCGAUGUUUCCAACCAAAGAAAGAAUGUGCCUUCACUUGCUGGCCAGAAGUCAGUGGUGCCCACUAUUUCAACCAUGGCUUCUGGCUUGAAUAUGUGCUAGAGGACAGGACUCUGGUCAUAGACACAUUCCAGGACUCCUUCCUGCUACCUGAGGUGAUGGGAUCUGACCUCUUCCCCAUGGGUGCAGUCUUGAGUGUAUCCUCUGUAUCCACAAAACAAUGCCCACCUCUGUGUAGCCUCUUCCUCCCGAUUCUUAACUUCCUAGUUAAUCUUGAACAAGAUCCAGUCAUCAGGUGGUCAGCACUAUGGCUUAUCAAUCAAACCCAGGUGAAGACAUGUCCAAACAAGGCCCAUGUGCGCUCAACCGGGCCUUGGCCAAGCCAGGCUGGCUCCAACAGAAGCCAGAAGAACCUGAAGAGCUACUGCCAGCCAUCCUCUAGCCAUCCCCAAAUCUGUCUGGAUUUGGUGUAUCCUAGCCUGAUGGGUGCUCCUGUGAAUAUAAUGUUCCCAGAAAGGGAAGUAACAGCCAAAUUAGGGCCAGUGCAGGCCAAGGCUUUAGAGUCCAAGUAUGAAAAAGAGGUGAAGACCUUGUGCUGGAAGUCUGUGCUGGGGCACCCCUUGCCUGUCCCCCUCUGUGCGGGCCACAGGGAGCCAUCUGUGAUGUGGACUGUGAAUAAACCUGGGCCCAACCUAGGCCGUUGUUUCUACAUGUGUGCCAGACCGCAAGGUCCCUCCACUGACCCCUCCUCCCAGUGUAACUUCUUCCUCUGGAGGUGA